CUUCUUUUCUUUUCCCGCUCUGUCAUUCAAUGUUUUUGGUUCCGUUCUCCAUUAACGGUGUUACCUAUUCUUCAUCCCAGGUGACGAUGUCAGCUCGAUUUUAGCUAAGAUAUUAAUCCGUGACAACCACCCUUACAAUGAGCGCCGAUAGCCGAAGAGAAACCGGAAUUAAGCAAAUAGUGAGGCUGAAGCAAGUACUUAAGAAAUGGCAUCAUAAUACCGUCGGCAAUAACCCAAAUCCGACAUCCUCCACCGGCGGAAUUCCACCAGCGGUGAACAAGCGGCUGAAGGCGGUGGUUGAUCGGAACCGCGACUCCGAUGAGGACAGCUGCAACAGCCCGGAGGCACCGCCGGACGUUCCGGAAGGAUAUAUGCCGGUGUAUGUCGGGCAGGAGAAGCGGAGAUUCGUGAUCCCGAUGACUUAUCUCGGCCAGCCGGUGUUCAGAUUGUUGCUGGAGAAGGCGGCAGAUGAGUUCGGAUUCGACCAAAUGGGUGCGCUCACUCUUCCCUGCGAGAUCGAGACAUUCAAGUUCAUUCUUCAAGUAAUGGAACAUCAACAGAAGGGUUUCAUUGACGAUGAAGGAACUUCCACUGACAAAGAAGAAUGAUCCAGUUGUGUGAGCUGCGGGCUACUCACAGAUUACUUCAUUCAUGAUUAUUCUUUGAACUGC